UUCCAUAGUUGGGGAAUUAUGCUUGGAGUUUACGCGUGUGGUUGUAUUAUGAUGCUGACACGUAGGACUCAAGGUGUGAAGUUUAUAAGAAUUAACAAAUAAUAAUCCAACGCUGUUACAGCACAGAGCGUGUGCUGCUCAAGCCGUUAACGAAUCGGAUCUGUUUUGGUAGAUACAUUUUGUAAUGAAACGAGAGGAAUUCGAGGAGAUUAUUUCAUUUAUUAAGUCAAACAAAUGCAAGAAAUUAAAUGGUUUGAUCAACCAAGUAAAAGAUAUGUUUGAAGCCAAAUUUUCCUACCAAACAUUAGUGAGCAUAUGUCUCAUACAUCACCAAAACCAUGUGAAAAAAACAAUUCAUGAUAAAAGCACAGAUGCGUGCAUAGAAAAAUAUUAUUCUAACUUUUUACAAAGUAAAAUAGAUGCAAAAAGCCAUAAAAACUCAGCACUGGUGGAAAUUGCAACCGAAAACGACAUUCCACCUUUACUGCUUGCUAGAUUAAUUUUACAUAGACAUCUUAAAUUAAAAGCAGAGCAAAGCGACCAUACGGAAACAAACGAAAGAGUUAAUCUUAAAACUGAAGUUGCUCGACUGGUAAAAGAUCCAUUUUUAAUCGAAGACAAAGUUUUAUCAUGGGAAGUACGGCAAUGCAUUCUACAUGAUUUUGGUUAUGGCCAAGUAACUGAUUCAGUACGAAGUCUUAUUGGUUCAGAAUAUGAACACAAACUAGUGACGCAUGUGAAAGAGUUGAAUAUUCCAUUUCAGACUGAGGUUGAUUUAAAGAAAUUGGGAUUUGAUAAAACACCGGAUAUUAAACUUGAAAUCCCAUUUAAGUUGAAAAACCAAGUGGUUUGCUGGAUUGAAAGUAAAGCUUCUUUCGGCACUCCUGAAGAACAUAUGUAUUAUGUGAAUAAACAAUACAACAGCUACUGGAAUCGAUUUGGGCCAGGACUGGUGAUCUAUUGGUUUGGUUUUGUUGAUGAAUUGGCGCAUGAUAUGCUCAAGAAGAAUAUCCUGGUUAUGGAUAGAUUUCCACUUCCUGCAGAAGUUUCCUUUUAUAAUCCUGCUUUAGUUGUUAAAGAUGAUAAACUAUCAUAGCAGUACAACUGUCCCCGAAAUGGUCUUUCGCAUUAUAUUUAUUUUUACCUUCUUAUACAGGUUACAAACUGCCUUGGCAGGGAACUUGGCAUGCUGCAGUAAUAUAAGACAGACACACUCACAUACACAACUAUAAUAAAUUAAUAUUGUUGUUAAUGGUCUGGAACUUGUCCAGCAGGCCUUUUGGCAGGAUGACAAUUUGAAAUAACUCUGUAUGGGAUUACUGUUCGUGUCAGGGCAAUGACAAAAGGUGUCUUCUAAAUUUAACCUUUUAUUUGUCUCUUUAAUUCUGGAAGGAAAAAUUGUUAAAAAUAAACGACAAGAUAUGGCGAGGAAACAACAUUUUUAAAAAUAAAUAAAAUAUCCAUAGGUUACAAAACAAGCGCUAUAACCCCAUCACACAACUAUUUAAACCGGUAUUUUUAACUGAUUGAUGAA